GCCAGUUGGCAGCACCAUUUCAACCUCGCCGCGAGCGCCAGCUACCGACCGGUUCGCGCCACAACGUCCCAGGCAUGGCGCUCCUCCUCUUCGUCCUAAUCCACUUCGCCGCCGCGGCGGCGGCUGAGUCAUCUCGUUCUCCGGCCACGGCGCUCUUCGUCCUCGGGGACUCCACCGUGAGCUGCGCGUCCAGCAUUCUCCCCCUCAACCUCACCGCACCCUCCCUCUCCUCCGCCGGCCCGUGCCUCUUCCCCUCCGGCCGCCGCCUCCUGCCCGACCUCCUCGCGGCCAAGAUGGGCCUCCCACCGCCGCCCCUCAUCUCCACCCUCAACGGCACCGCAGCCGCCGCGGCUCGGGGCGUCAACUUCGGCGGGCAGUACGGCGACCGCGGGAUUUUCCGCAUGGGCGCCGUCGGGCAGCAGCUCCGCCUGGCCGCAGAGACGCUGCAGCUUCUGCAGCUGGAGACGGGCACCCCGCAGGACGCCCCCUCCGCUGCCGCGGCGGCGGGCGCGGUGUUCGUGCUGUCCUUCGGCACCGACGCCUACGCGCGGCUGCUCGCGCGCGGGCCCGCCGAGGCCGCCGCCGCCGCGCCCAAGCACGGCCGCCGCGGGCUCGGGCGCCUCCUCGCCGACCGUAUCGCCCGCGCCGUCGCAGAGCUGUACGAGGCGGAGGUGAGGAGGGUGGCGGUGAUGGGGGUGGCGCCGCUGGGGUGCGCGCCGCGCGUCAUGUGGGAGGCGGGCGGCGGGCGAGGGUGCGUGGAGGAGGCGAACGAGCUGAUCGAGGGGUACAACGCCAGGCUCGCGGCGAGGCUGGAGGACCUGCGGCCGCAGCUGCCCGGCGCCGACGUCGUGUUCUGCGACGUGUACAAGGGGAUGAUGGAGAUCAUCUCCAAUCCCCGCAGACACGGAGUCGAGGGAGGCGUGCUGCGGGGUGGGGCCAUUCAAGGCGACGGUGGGUUGCCUGAGCACGGAGAUGGCGUGCGCCGCGCCGGAGCGGCACGUGUGGUGGGACCUCUACACCCCCACGGACGCCGUCGCCGCCCUCGUCGCCAACUGGUCCUGGAGCUCGCCGCCGCCGGCGACUAGUUCGGGCUCCGGCGACUCCGACGUGAUGGGCAUCUGCAGUCCCAUGUCUCUGCAGCAGCUGGCAGCUGGGUCGCCGCCGCCGGCGUAGCAGUGCAUCAACAGCUGCUAGCUGCUCAGAAGGAUAUAUCUAGAUGCAUGUUGUGA